AUGUUCGUGUUGCGAGGUACAGGCAAAGGGAUACAUUUGGACCUUUCAACAAUGGUGAGGUCUCUGAGAUAAAACCGCAAUUUGCCUUCGUCUUGAUUGAGAACAAAGACACGAUGACGAAGGCGGCGAAGGAGGACAAGUUCAUGAGGAAUCAUAUCACGACGAACGCGACAAUAUGGUACAAUGGUGUUUUUGAAAAAAAGCGCAGAAACGGCUCUUUUGAAACCAAAAAAAUAAACAUAUUGCGAGAAUGAACAGAGGAAAAUUGGAUUUUAACCGGUCUAAAACGAGAAUUACAUGGAUGUCGAUGGAUACUAAGCGGGGCAGGAAUGUUCAGAUGAGAACAAACCUUAUUAACUAGGAUAGAAUCAUCAAUUUCUUGUUGGGGCGUUUUGGAAUCAGCAAGUUUCUCAAGAACUGCACGAAACGACUUCUCCAAAAAGGUGGUGGAAGAUGAAGCACGAGCGACAGCAGCCCACAGUUCACGGUCAGAGAGAGCAUCGAGACCACGUUGAUCACCAGAGGCAGAGUUCACGACAGGAGGAUGAGGAGUAGCAGAGGCUUGGGCGGCAGGAACAUGAGCCAAAGGAAGCUGAGCCACAGGAGCAUGACGAGUUGAAUCAGUUUGAGGGCCGUCGAGUUUUGAAGCCAGAUCAUUCAAUUGUAUCAUGAUCAACUGGACUUGAGAUUUGAGAGCAGCCACUUCUCGAAGAACAAGAGAAUUAGGAGGUAUGGAACUCCUAGGUGUAGAACCAUCAUGAGCAGCUCGUUUACGAGGAGGAGGCUGAGGCGCUGGCGACAUGGAAAAGGCGACUAGAGCAAAUAGAGACACGACCGCACGCCACGAGAAAAGAGGGCGCGAAUGAGAAAAGAGGGCGCGAAUGAGAAAAGAGGGCGCGAAUGAGAAAAGAGGGCGCGAAUGAGAAAAGAGGGCGCGAAUGAUCAGGUGGCUGUCGAAAAAGACCUCUGCAUGAUAAAAGACGUGAUUAGGCGUAAGCCGGUGCAAGUCGGGACAGCGGAUUCCUGAUAUCGGGACGCCGACAUUGCAACGUCGCUAUCACCAUACUUACCAAGAUCAUAGCAGGAGGGCUCGGAUCGCCGCCUCCGCGUGGCGCCUUCUGGGUGAGACCUGGUCUCAGCUAAGAGCGAUCCAUUUUUGGUGAAGCCAGCCUUCGGGCUGGCAAAAAAGUACACGAAAAAAUAAAUUGAUAGGAAGUAACUCAGAAGUAGUUCAUUCAUUGAAAGGUUGUUGAAUGCAAAGAAUUGACAAAAAAGAGGUGUUUCUGUCAUUCUUUUCAAUCUGGUUUUUUUGAUAAAUUCCCACUGCAGUGCUUCAUAAUAAGUUAUAAAUACGGUUUUCGAGCAUUUCAACUGUUUAUCAAUAGGCUUACUCAUGAAAAUGAUCUCGAAAGCCCGUUCACUGAUCAGGUGGCUGUCGAAAAAGACCUCUGCAUGAUAAAAGACGUGAUUAGGCGUAAGCCGGUGCAAGUCGGGACAGCGGAUUCCUGAUAUCGGGACGCCGACAUUGCAACGUCGCUAUCACCAUACUUACCAAGAUCAUAGCAGGAGGGCUCGGAUCGCCGCCUCCGCGUGGCGCCUUCUGGGUGAGACCUGGUCUCAGCUAAGAGCGAUCCAUUUUUUUGGUGAAGCCAGCCUUCGGGCUGGCAAAAAAAGUACACGAAAAAAAUAAGUUGAUAGAAAGUAACUCAGAAGUAGUUCAUUCAUUGAAAGGUUGUCGAAUGCAAAGAAUUGACAAAAAAAGAGGUGUUUUCUGUCAUUCUUUUUCAAUCUGGUUUUUUUGAUAAAUUCCCACUGCAGUGCUUCAUAAUAAGUUAUAAAUACGGUUUUCCGAGCAUUUCAACUGUUUAUCAAUAGGCUUACUCAUGAAAAAUGAUCUCGAAAGCCCGUUCACUGAUCAGGUGGCUGUCGAAAAAGACCUCUGCAUGAUAAAAAGACGUGAUUAGGCGUAAGCCGGUGCAAGUCGGGACAGCGGAUUCCUGAUAUCGGGACGCCGACAAUGCAACGUCGCUAUCACCACCCCUUACCAAGAUCAUAGCAGGAGGGCUCGGAUUGCCGCCUCCGCGUGGCGCCUUCUGGGUGAGACCUGGUCUCAGCUAAGAGCGAUCCAUUUUUGGUGGAGCCAGCCUUCGGGCUGGCAAAAAGUAAACGAAAAAAUAAAUUGAUAGGAAGUAACUCAGAAGUAGUUCAUUCAUUGAAAGGUUGUCGAAUGCAAAGAAUUGACAAAAAAGAGGUGUUUCUGUCAUUCUUUUCAAUCUGGUUUUUUUGAUAAAUUCCCACUGCAGUGCUUCAUAAUAAGUUAUAAAUACGGUUUUUCGAGCAUUUUCAACUGUUUAUCAAUAGGCUUACUCAUGAAAACGAUCUCGAAAAGCCCGUUCACUGAUCAGGUGGCUGUCGAAAAAAAGACCUCUGCAUGAUAAAAAGACGUGAUUAGGCGUAAGCCGGUGCAAGUCGGGACAGCGGAUUCCUGAUAUCGGGACGCCGACAUUGCAACGUCGCUAUCACCAUACUUACCAAGAUCAUAGCAGGAGGGCUCGGAUCGCCGCCUCCGCGUGGCGCCUUCUGGGUGAGACCUGGUCUCAGCUAAGAGCGAUCCAUUUUUGGUGAAGCCAGCCUUCGGGCUGGCAAAAAAGUACACGAAAAAAUAAAUUGAUAGGAAGUAACUCAGAAGUAGUUCAUUCAUUGAAAGGUUGUUGAAUGCAAAGAAUUGACAAAAAAAGAGGUGUUUUCUGUCAUUCUUUUUCAAUCUGGUUUUUUUGAUAAAUUCCCACUGCAGUGCUUCAUAAUAAGUUAUAAAUACGGUUUUCGAGCAUUUCAACUGUUUAUCAAUAGGCUUACUCAUGAAAAUGAUCUCGAAAGCCCGUUCACUGAUCAGGUGGCUGUCGAAAAAGACCUCUGCAUGAUAAAAGACGUGAUUAGGCGUAAGCCGGUGCAAGUCGGGACAGCGGAUUCCUGAUAUCGGGACGCCGACAAUGCAACGUCGCUAUCACCACCCUUACCAAGAUCAUAGCAGGAGGGCUCGGAUUGCCGCCUCCGCGUGGCGCCUUCUGGGUGAGACCUGGUCUCAGCUAAGAGCGAUCCAUUUUUGGUGAAGCCAGCCUUCGGGCUGGCAAAAAAGUACACGAAAAAAUAAAUUGAUAGGAAGUAACUCAGAAGUAGUUCAUUCAUUGAAAGGUUGUUGAAUGCAAAGAAUUGGCAAAAAAAGGUGUUUUUGUCAUUCUUUUCAAUCUGGUUUUGUUGAUAAAUUCCCCACUGCAGUGCUUCAUAAUAAGUUAUAAAUACGGUUUUCGAGCAUUUUCAACUGUUUAUCAAUAGGCUUACUCAUGAAAAAUGAUCUCGAAAAGCCCGUUCACUGAUCAGGUGGCUGUCGAAAAAGACCUCUGCAUGAUAAAAGACGUGAUUAGGCGUAAGCCGGUGCAAGUCGGGACAGCGGAUUCCUGAUAUCGGGACGCCGACAUUGCAACGUCGCUAUCACCAUACUUACCAAGAUCAUAGCAGGAGGGCUCGGAUCGCCGCCUCCGCGUGGCGCCUUCUGGGUGAGACCUGGUCUCAGCUAAGAGCGAUCCAUUUUUGGUGAAGCCAGCCUUUCGGGCUGGCAAAAAAAGUACACGAAAAAAAUAAAUUGAUAGGAAGUAACUCAGAAGUAGUUCAUUCAUUGAAAGGUUGUUGAAUGCAAAGAAUUGGCAAAAAAAGAGGUGUUUUUUUGUCAUUCUUUUUCAAUCUGGUUUUUGUUGAUAAAUUCCCCACUGCAGUGCUUCAUAAUAAGUUAUAAAUACGGUUUCCGAGCAUUUCAACUGUUUAUCAAUAGGCUUACUCAUGAAAAUGAUCUCGAAAGCCCGUUCACUGAUCAGGUGGCUGUCGAAAAAGACCUCUGCAUGAUAAAAGACGUGAUUAGGCGUAAGCCGGUGCAAGUCGGGACAGCGGAUUCCUGAUAUCGGGACGCCGACAUUGCAACGUCGCUAUCACCAUACUUACCAAGAUCAUAGCAGGAGGGCUCGGAUCGCCGCCUCCGCGUGGCGCCUUCUGGGUGAGACCUGGUCUCAGCUAAGAGCGAUCCAUUUUUGGUGAAGCCAGCCUUCGGGCUGGCAAAAAAGUACACGAAAAAAAUAAAGUUGAUAGGAAGUAACUCAGAAGUAGUUCAUUCAUUGAAAGGUUGUUGAAUGCAAAGAAUUGGCAAAAAAAGAGGUGUGUUUUUGUCAUUCUUUUCAAUCUGGUUUUUUUGAUAAAUUCCCACUGCAGUGCUUCAUAAUAAGUUAUAAAUACGGUUUUCGAGCGCACCAACUGUUUAUCAAUAGGCUUACUCAUGAAAAUGAUCUCGAAAGCCCGUUCACUGAUCAGGUGGCUGUCGAAAAAGACCUCUGCAUGAUAAAAGACGUGAUUAGGCGUAAGCCGGUGCAAGUCGGGACAGCGGAUUCCUGAUAUCGGGACGCCGACAUUGCAACGUCGCUAUCACCAUACUUACCAAGAUCAUAGCAGGAGGGCUCGGAUCGCCGCCUCCGCGUGGCGCCUUCUGGGUGAGACCUGGUCUCAGCUAAGAGCGAUCCAUUUUUGGUGAAGCCAGCCUUCGGGCUGGCAAAAAAGUAUUCGAAAAGAUUAACUGAUAGAAAGUAUCUCAGACUUAGUACAUUCACUGGAAGGUUGUCGAAUGCAAAGAAUUGACAAAAAAGAGGUGUUUUUGUCAUUCUUUUCAAUCUGGUUUAUUUGAUAAAUUCCCACUGCAGUGCUUCAUAAUAAGUUAUAAAUACGGUUUCCGAGCAUUUCAACUGUUUAUCAAUAGGCUUACUCAUGAAAAUGAUCUCGAAAGCCCGUUCACUGAUCAGGUGGCUGUCGAAAAAGACCUCUGCAUGAUAAAAGACGUGAAUAGGCGUAAGCCGGUGCAAGUCGGGACAGCGGAUUCCUGAUAUCGGGACGCCGACAUUGCAACGUCGCUAUCACCACCCUUACCAAGAUCAUAGCAGGAGGGCUCGGAUUGCCGCCUCCGCGUGGCGCCUUCUGGGUGAGACCUGGUCUCAGCUAAGAGCGAUCCAUUUUUGGUGAAGCCAGCCUUUCGGGCUGGCAAAAAAAUGUACACGAAAAAAUAAAUUGAUAGGAAGUAACUCAGAAGUAGUUCAUUCAUUGAAAGGUUGUUGAAUGCAAAGAAUUGGCAAAAAAAGGUGUUUUUGUCAUUCUUUUCAAUCUGGUUUUGUUGAUAAAUUCCCACUGCAGUGCUUCAUAAUAAGUUAUAAAUACGGUUUUCGAGCGCACCAACUGUUUAUCAAUAGGCUUACUCAUGAAAAUGAUCUCGAAAAGCCCGUUCACUGAUCAGGUGGCUGUCGAAAAAGACCUCUGCAUGAUAAAAAGACGUGAUUAGGCGUAAGCCGGUGCAAGUCGGGACAGCGGAUUCCUGAUAUCGGGACGCCGACAUUGCAACGUCGCUAUCACCACCCUUACCAAGAUCAUAGCAGGAGGGCUCGGAUUGCCGCCUCCGCGUGGCGCCUUCUGGGUGAGACCUGGUCUCAGCUAAGAGCGAUCCAUUUUUGGUGAAGCCAGCCUUUGGGCUGGCAAAAAUGUACACGAAAAAAUAAAUUGAUAGGAAGUAACUCAGAAGUAGUUCAUUCAUUGAAAGGUUGUUGAAUGCAAAGAAUUGGCAAAAAAAGGUGUUUUUGUCAUUCUUUUCAAUCUGGUUUUGUUGAUAAACCCCCACUGCAGUGCUUCAUAAUAAGUUAUAAAUACGGUUUUCGAGCGCACCAACUGUUUAUCAAUAGGCUUACUCAUGAAAAUGAUCUCGAAAGCCCGUUCACUGAUCAGGUGGCUGUCGAAAAAGACCUCUGCAUGAUAAAAGACGUGAUUAGGCGUAAGCCGGUGCAAGUCGGGACAGCGGAUUCCUGAUAUCGGGACGCCGACAAUGCAACGUCGCUAUCACCACCCUUACCAAGAUCAUAGCAGGAGGGCUCGGAUUGCCGCCUCCGCGUGGCGCCUUCUGGGUGAGACCUGGUCUCAGCUAA